ACUAAAAACAAAAUAUUUGUUAAACGAAGUGGCUGCGGAAAAGUGCUCUCCCGAUAUUCUGUAAUUUUCAGUGGAAAAUCGUGUGAAAAAGUUGUAAAAUGACGUGGGGAUUUGUUACUUGUGGCCCCAAUGAGGCACUUGUGGUGUCAGGAUGUUGCUACAUGAAACCACUGCUGGUUCCAGGCGGCCGAGCAUUUGUCUGGCCAUCGGUCCAGCGGGUUCAGAGAAUAUCUCUCAACACGAUGACUCUCCAGGUUGAGAGUCCUUGCGUGUACACGAGUCAGGGCGUUCCGAUUUCUGUGACCGGAAUUGCCCAGGUGAAGAUUCAGGGACAGAAUGAGGAUAUGCUGUUGACAGCAUGUGAACAAUUUCUGGGGAAGCCAGAAUCUGAGAUUCAGCACAUUGCUCUGGUGACUCUCGAGGGUCAUCAGAGGGCAAUCAUGGGUUCUAUGACUGUUGAGGAAAUCUACAAGGAUAGAAAGAAGUUCAGCAAGCAAGUGUUUGAAGUGGCAUCGUCAGAUUUAGUCAACAUGGGCAUCACCGUUGUCUCAUACACUCUCAAAGAUAUCCGCGACGAAGAGGGAUAUUUGCGAAGCUUGGGAAUGGCAAGGACAGCCGAAGUGAAGAGAGAUGCACGUAUUGGAGAAGCUGAGGCAAGAUGUGAUGCCCAAAUAAAGGAAGCCAUUGCUGAAGAACAGAGGAUGGCAUCUCGCUUCCUCAAUGACACAGAAAUUGCUAAAGCUCAGCGUGACUUUGAAUUGAAAAAGUCUGCUUACGAUGUCGAAGUGCAGACAAAGAAAGCUGAAGCUGAAUUGGCAUAUGAAUUGCAAGCAGCUAAGACGAAACAGCGCAUUAAGGAGGAACAGAUGCAGAUUAAAGUGGUGGAGCGAAGUCAGGAGAUUCUUGUGCAGGAUCAGGAAAUGCAGCGUCGUGAAAAGGAACUAGAGGCUACGGUGCGACGUCCAGCUGAGGCAGAGAAGUAUCGCCUAGAAAAGUUGGCAGAAGCUAACAAAAAUCGUGUUGUUCUCGAAGCAGAAGCUGAAUCUGAAUCGAUUCGCAUUCGUGGUGAAGCCGAAUCAUUUGCCAUUGCUGCCAAAGCUAAAGCAGAAGCUGAGCAAAUGGCUAAGAAAGCUGAAGCUUGGCGUGAAUAUCGCGAAGCUGCAAUGGUUGAUAUGCUUAUGGACACUCUACCAAAGGUUGCCGCCGAAGUUGCUGCUCCACUGUCCCAGGCAAAGAAAAUCACAAUGGUGUCAACUGGUGGUGGUGAAAUUGGGGCAUCUAAACUUACUGGUGAGGUGCUUGAGAUUGUCAACAAAGUGCCGGAUCUCGUCAAGAGUCUUACUGGAGUUGAUAUUGCACGUGUAAGUCAAAAAUACGAUAGUUCUAGGCAUACAUUUCUCGAUUCGAGCAAUAACAUUCUCUUGGACCAUCAGCCAAAGAAAGUGGCCGGGGAGUCGAGAAAGGGGAUGAAGUAAUGAGUGUCUAAAAACAAUAUGUCCAAAAAUUCUUCUCUCUUCCAGUCCAUGCAUUCCGGCUAAAAACAAUUCUGCUCUGAUUCCCUUCAUUUUUAUUGUGACAUUUCAGAGAUGAGCAGUUAAAACAGUAAGGUAUUACCACAAUUUACACCCCAUUGCUUUUUGCCAUUUUUCCAUCAUUGAUACUUCUUAUCAUUGUUUUGUGGCUUUCUGGGUAUCUAAAUUUCUUCUUACAUGUGUGACUAAUUAAAUUUUAAAAAGAAGCAAAGAAGAAAAGGGAUGUAAUGUACAUACAUUAGAAGUAAUUGGUGAAUUGUUGGUGUUUAUCCGGUUUUUCCUAUUACUAAAACACGUUUUUUUUUUAAAUAUUAAUUCUGCUUUAACAAAAUUCUUUAAGUAUAUUUGUCAUGGUCAUUAACACAGCAUCAUUUAUUGCAAUAUUCGUAUCAAUGCCCAGAAAAUGUUUUGUGUACACUUUUAUGCUUAGCAGCAAUUUAAAAAGAAAAAAACACUUUUAUCUCUAAAUCACUUUUUUUUUAACAAAGUUUUGCUAUUAAUUCAUUUUUAGACAAACACAUCUUGUUGGUCUUCAGUACACGCCAAAAAAAAAUUAAAAUAAUAUAAAAUAAAAAUCUGUGUUUUGAAGAAUUGUUAGACCAAAAUCAUCUAGAUAUAGAUAUUCAGUCGAUAUGCCUUUUUGCAAUGGAAAGAGAAAGAAGAAGGAAUAUUGAAUACCAUUUAUGAAGAGCGGGAAUUUGUCGUAGGGAAAAAAACAAAACUUGCUAUUAUAGUGUAUUAAAAAAAAAAGAAAUGGAAAUAAAGAGAAAAAAAAUGAUAAUUCUAUA